CUCCUUCCGCGCCUGCGUGAGCGGCCGGAAGUGGUGGGGGCGUGCCGGCAGUCAUGGCGAUGGCGGAGAAGUUUGACUCGCUGGAGGAGCACCUAGAGAAGUUUGUGGAGAACAUCCGGCAGCUCGGCAUCAUCGUCAGCGACUUCCAGCCCAGCAGCCAGGCUGGGCUCAACCAGAAACUGAAUUUCAUGGUGACGGGCUUGCAGGAUAUCGACAAGUGCCGGCAGCAGCUGCACGAUAUUAGUGUGCCCCUGGAAGUGUUUGAAUACAUAGAUCAAGGCCGCAAUCCUCAGCUUUACACUAAAGAGUGUCUGGAGCGAGCUUUGGCUAAAAAUGAGCAAGUAAAAGGAAAAAUUGACACGAUGAAGAAAUUUAAAAGUCUGCUAAUUCAAGAACUAACAAAGGUGUUCCCGGAAGACAUGGCAAAGUACAAAGCUAUUCGAGGAGAAGAUCCUCCUCCUUAAGAUGGCCUUUGAUAGCUCUAAAAUUGUCAAUUCCAUAAACUGACACCACUUUAUAUUGGAGAGAGGGAAAAUCUGAGCUGUUGUAACAACUGUACUAAAAAUGGCAGCGAUGGACUGUGAAGGAGCUCAGUGAUUGCUGAUGGCUCUGUUCUGAAGCUACUGGAUCUUUCUGAAGACCUUUACUCAAAGAUUGCCAUUGAAACUUUUUGUGGUAAUCUGUCCUUUCCUGAAAGUUUCUGGAGAUGUCAUUGCCUACAGGGCAUUACUUUGUAGCACUUCCUGCAAAGUACAUUUCCAGAGCAGAAAAUCUGGGGUUUGUCCUCUGAAAGUGUCCUUGAGCACUGUGGCUUCAGCUGUUUAAAAGAAAAGUGUAUUUACUAUAUUUGACUGUUCUUUAUUUGUAAACUGCUUUGGUUUUUAUUUCAGUACAGUUGACUGCUUUCAUCUUAGCAAAUUCUGCUGAGCAGGAGCCUCUCAAAGGCUGGGGUUCUCCUGUGUGUCGCAAUGAAUUGCAGCUAAGAAACCCUUCAGAUAUUAUUGUUUUGUUCUAUAAGCUGCAGUUCAGAUGGCUGAGAAUGUAGAGAGUGAGCUUAUUCGGGCCCUAGUUCCUCAACAAUGUUAAUAUUUUGUAUAGUAUUUAAUGUAGACUUUUGCUUGAUUCUAUUCAUUUUUCUGUAAGCAGGUUGUUGAAUUAAAAAAAAAGCAAAACUCUAA